AUGAAUUUUCAGUAUCAUCACUGCCUUUACAUAUUUUUUCUCAUAUUUUCAUGGGAAAACUUUUCUGAAGCUUGUGAUGGAUACGACAUCAAAUUGAAGAAUAUUAAGAACUGUUGCCCUGAAAAUCAAGUUGUGACAAUCAUGAAGAAUUCUACAACUGUUGUAAACGAGAAAUGUGAAGUUUCAUCUUACACCUGCGCUGAUGUCAAAGCUUACACUCGAACUACGGUCAUUGUUGAAUUACGCAGAAAUGGAAUAACUAUAUACAAUGGCACUCAAAAUCUCUGUCAGAAAAGCAAGAAAAACGAAUUGUCACGAGUCAUAAUGUCUGUCUUUGGACUUCGUUGUUCUAUGGAACAAAAAAUAUUUUGUGACAAUGGAAAGAAAUUAUUAACGCUGACAUCAAAUAUCUAA